AUGGCGAAUGACCUAGCGAGCCUGAAAAGUGUCACAUCUGACACUUGUCGCAUCUAUUCUGUCGACCGCCUUCUCCAGAAUAGAGGCAACCGGUUCUUCGUCUACCUUGCCACGGCAGGUGACGAGAGAUUCGUCCUCAAAAAUGUCACAGAACCUAGUUUCAUCACCUAUCAAGGCAUUUUUCAGGAUCUUCGCGGCUCCCAGUAUCUACGUGUCCCAUGCGACAAGGCCUCGGAGCAAUCGAUCUUCGUAUAUAGAUACUUCAGCGACCAUCUCCUCGAUCUGGCUGAGGAGCAGCUGCCCCUCCCAACUACGAAGCGCAUAUUGAAAGACGCAUUGCGUGGGCUUGCAUAUAUGCACGACCGGGACAUCGUACAUACCUAUAUCAAACCGGACAAUAUCCUCAUUCGGCGGAAGGACCUCAACAGUAUUGCUGUAGAGGAAGUCCAGCUCGCCGACUUGGAAGACUCUGCACAUGUAUCCGUCGACUGCGCUAUCUUUGGGAAGCAGGUGGGCAACUGGAUGUGGCGUAGUCCCGAGGCACACGCAUCGGGUCCCGUGGAAAAGCCCACUGACAUGUUCUCCUUCGCUAUUGUGGCUGUACACCAAGAUACCAUAUUCUUUAUAAGCGAAGAUAAGCUCGCGGAAGGCGAAGACGUGUUGUCUCGUGUACUGGAACGUCAGAUAUCCUACUUUGCCGAUGCGGAGGGGUUCUCUGGGCUGAUGCACCACCUCGGCGAUAGUCUCCGGGUUGAGGAUUUCAAAGUCGCUCUGGAAUGCUCCAACGAAGACAAUCCGCUCAAACCAGUAGCACUGUGGGGUCACGUUGAUCCUGACCUGAGGGACCUUGUGGGACGGUUGACCAACUUUGAUCCGGCCAAGCGGCUCACUGCGCGUGAGGCACUGGAUCACAGGUGGUUCAGUGAAACCUAG